AUGUUCAAGAGAGAGAUAACCGCCGCGCCCAAAUCCAAGUUAAAGUCGUCCGUUCAGCGCUCGCUACGUCAGUCCUUACUGUCUACCUAUCCGUUACUAAACCCUUACAUCGAUGAGAUCCUACCGAAGAAGGGGUCGCUCGAGGCCAUGAAGCUUCCCGAUCGCUGCACACUGUACGUGUUAGACUCCCAGCCGCUAUUCUUCCAGCAGGACACGACAACGCUACUACCGCACCUACGCCUCGUCCACCGCUUCCCAGACGCCUUCCCUAGUAUACGCAUAGACCGCGGAGCGAUUCGCUUCGUAUUAUCCGGAGCCACACUCAUGGCACCCGGUCUGACAAGCACUGGUGGUAGAUUACCCAGCGGCGUCAGCACCGAAGAGGGGAAGGAGGGUCUAGACGAAGACGAGAGGUGGACCAGGGAAUUGGAAAAGGGAGAGCCCGUAGUAGUCCGAGCCGAGGGGAAGCUCGAGGCAUGCGCCGUGGGAUUCUUGGUCAUGGGCACCAAGGAGGUCAAAGAGAAGGGUAAAGGCCCCGUUAUCGAGGACGCGCACUACCUAGGCGACGGAUUAUGGAAACUCACUACAGACUAG